GUAGUCGGUGUGUGUGUGUGUUCUUCAGCAGCAGCUCAGUCACACCUGUGGAGCGUUCAGGCGUCUUUGAAGCUGCAGGAAAACUGACCAUUUAUUUUUAGAACUAGUUGAGUGAGGCUUGUUGUGGAGUGAUGGGGUAUCAGAGGAGCAUGUGGCGCAGCCUGGCAGGAGGAGGAGGAGGAGGACACGUUGCGGUGGUGAGGUGUUCAUGUUCAGAGGAGGAGGUGAAGAUCUCCUUCAGGAGCGCCGGGGACGAUCGGCGGCUCAGACGAGUCUUCGUCCGCCGCUGGUUCGAGUCCCCCCGCCUAUCCACUGCCUCCAUCAGCAGUAAUGAUCGCGCUCCGUCGGCGACGCCCUCUGACCCCGACCUGUCAUCAGACCGUCGCCCGGUGAGCCUGAUCUCCACGCUGUCCUCGGGAUCCGGAUCCUCCAGAGACGACAGCCCCGCCCCCCCGCCCCCCUCCUCCCAAACCUCCAACCCCGACAUCGACGUGGACCUGAGCCCCGCGGGGGGUGGUGCAGACAGGAGGGGGCGGAGCCUAGGCCUAAUUAACAACAACAACAACAAAGAGUCGACGACGAGCCAAACCUCCGGCCGCCACCCGACGUCUCCGUUCACGACCAGCAGCAUGGCGCCGAACCCUCAGCUGACCUACCUGGACCGUGUCAUCAUGGAGAUCAUCGAGACAGAGAGGAUGUAUGUCAGAGACCUGCGCAUGAUCGUAGAGGAUUACCUGGCUCACAUCAUCGAUCAGUCUGAUUUGUCGAUUCGUCCUGAGCAGGUUUGUGCUCUGUUUGGAAACAUCGAGGACAUCUACGAGUUCAACAGCGAGCUGCUUCAGGCUCUCGACCUGUGUGACAACGACCCCGUCGCCGUCGCCCGCUGCUUCGUCAUGAAGAGCGAGUACUUUGAGAUCUACACACAGUACUGCACCAACUACCCAAAUUCAGUCGCAGCGUUGACGGACUGCAUGAGGAAUAAAUCCCUGGCCAAGUUUUUCCGGGAGCGUCAGGCGUUGCUGAAGCGGUCGCUGCCUCUGGGUUCAUACUUGCUCAAGCCUGUUCAGAGGAUCCUCAAAUACCACCUGCUGCUCCAGGAGAUAGCGAAGCACUUUGACCCCGAGGAGGAGGGGUAUGAGGUGGUGGAGGAGGCCAUCUACACCAUGACGGGCGUGGCCUGGUACAUCAACGACAUGAAGAGGAAACACGAACAUGCCGUCAGACUGCAGGAGGUUCAGUCUCUGCUGCUGAACUGGAAAGGUCCGGACCUCACCACGUACGGAGAACUGGUUCUGGAGGGAACCUUCAAACUUCAUCGAGCCAAAAACGAGAGAACGCUCUUCCUGUUCGAUCGCAUGCUGCUCAUCACCAAACGCCGCGGAGAACACUACGUCUACAAGACGCACAUCUCUUGCUCCACUCUGAUGCUGAUCGAAAGCGCCAAAGACUCCCUGAGCUUCAGCGUCACUCAUUAUAAACAUCCCAAACAGCCUCACACCGUCCAGGCGAAGACGGUGGAGGAGAAGAAGCUGUGGGCUCAUCACAUCAAACGCAUCAUUCUGGAAAACCACCACGCCAUCAUCCCACAGAAGGCUAAAGAGGCCAUCUUAGAAAUGGACUCCAUCUAUCCUCCCAGGUAUCGUUACAGUCCCGAGCGUCUGAAGAAAGCUCUGUCCUCUCAGUCUGAAGAGUUUCAGCGAGACGGUCGUCAGGGACGACGACAGUCUGAGCCGACCAAACAAAUCCUGAAGAGCAGCAAAGCCAUCUUAAAGCACUCAGACAGUGAGGGUGUGUUACCGGGGGAGAGGCGCUCUCUGCAGCCCGCCGUCAGCUGCAGCACUCUGGGAUCCGACCGGCCCGCAGAGGAGGAGGGGGAGGAGCUCGGCAGCAGGAAGGACUCCCUAGAACGGCUGAUGUGCAGCGAGGAAGAGGAGGAGGCGGAGAGGUUGUCUCCACAGCGGUCUCAUCAGACAGAGGACAGUGAUCCGGACGAGAUCCUGCUGGAGGACGACCAGGUAGACGACUUUGCCAGCUCCGUGCUGGCAGCCAUCUCCUGCUGGCACUACAGGGUCCAGGCCUUUCUGUCCAGCUCGGUGACGGAGGCAGAGGGAGGCAGCUUCUCCUCAAACAGCUCUAACAAAGAAGAUGGACGACUUCCUGAAGAAGGUGGAACUGAGCCGACAUCUGAGCAGCCCGCUGCAGACGAGCUGCUGCAGGAGAAGAACUCGGAGUCUGAACCAACAGUAAACUCUGAACCAGAACCCUCCUCUGAUCCAGACCCUCCUUUGACCUCAGUGUCUCCUCAAAGGUCAGAAGAACUGAAAUGUGAAGAACAUCCAGAGCCCACAGAGGAACCAUUGUCCGCCACACCUGACUCAGAUUCAAAAACCUUGAGUAGUGGGGAGUCAUCUGAGGAUGAGGAGGAUGACAAGGAGGUGGCAGAAAAGCAGGGUGAAGUCAUCAGCAUCCUUCCCUCCUCCGUCCUGGACAAAGCCAGCGCCAUUGCUCAGCACUUCACCAACAGCAUCAAACGAGGCAGCCUGGCGCAGGACGACACUCGCUCCCUCGGAUGUGCUUCACCGCGGUUACCCAGCAGAACCGGCAGCAGCCUCAGCCUCAGCACCGAACCCACCAAUCAACCUUUAGGACUUAACAGCAUCUGUCCAGAUCCUGCAGAGACCUGCAGCGGAACAGAUUUGACUCUGCCAUCUCCUCGGGACGACAGCCUCUUUGACACUGACAGAGGUAUUCGACGGCGGCGGGAUUCCACCCUGUCCAAGCAGGACCAGCUGCUCAUCGGCAAAAUCAAGAGUUACUACGAGAACGCCGAGAGCCAGGACGCCACCUUCAGCCUCCAGCGCAGAGAGAGCCUGACAUACAUCCCGACCGGGCUGGUCAGGAGCUCCGUCAGCCGGUUCAACAGCAUCCCAAAUGAUAAAACUGUCCAGACUAAUCCCUCCACCUCGACCGCCUCCUCCAGUCUUGACCCUUUCUCAGUGGAGUCACACUUGGCUUUACCUGGAGAUACCCGUGAUCACAUGGUAUCUAGUGACUCUUUGGACUCUUUGAAGUCUGAUCAGAGAAGCACGGAUCCAGAAGAUUCAGGAGAAAGCCUCAGGUCCAGAUCUCAGAGCUUGCAGGAUAAUCCAUAUGAGGAUGAAGACUUCAGACCUUCAUCUGAAAUGAUUAAAAUCUGGCAGGCAAUGGAGCAAGAGAUCACCAGAUCUCAAAGUGAAGACCGAGGGCGUGAAAAAUCCAGAGAAGCUCCAAGAAACUCCAGAGCGACCACCAUCUGCCUUUCCAGCUCGACAAACACUCCAAACAAAAGCUGCGACAGAGAGAGUGGAGCAUCUGACCUCAGCACCAUCACAGAGGAGUCCACAAGCCCUUCGCCCCUCAAGCCAAAAGCCUCCAGGGUGAGUCGGACAGGAAGUCUGAAGGACACCCUGAAGGUGUUCGGGGAAGAGGCCGUCAUCCUCAGGGCUGCGGUUCCUCGGGUCACCCAGCUGAAGGUGGAGGCAGAGGGGGAAAGGCCCAGCGAGGGUUUAAACCAGGUGGACGACGUAGACAAAACGAAGAGCAAAGUCCUCCAUCUGGCUCGUCAGUACAGCCAGAGAAUCAAAACGACCAAACCAGUGGUCCGACAGCGAAGUCAGGGCAUCCUGAUCAGCAAGAAGAGCUUACCCUGUGUGGUGGAGGAAAGUUCAGGUAAUCCAAACCUGGCGCUGGUUUCUCAUAAGAAGGCGUUCACUCUGCCGCUGAACCCCAUCCUCCCCUGCAGCUCAGGGGCAGUUUUCCCGAGUCGGGCUCGUUCCCGCAGUCCGCUUAGCCCUCCUCCUCCCAUCGAGGGUUUCAACUGGCCUGACGUCCAAGAACUCCGCUCCAAAUACUCCGACCACAGCCGCUUCCAGAAGAGUCCUGUCGGCCGGAGUCGCUCCACCCCGGAGCAGAUGUUUGAUGGAGGUGUGAGGAGACACUCCAGCUGCUCCUCCAGCCACCUCCUCACCGACAGAGGUUCUGACGAGGGUCCUUCGUACAAGCCUCGCAGCAGUCGGGAUGCCAGCCGAGAGGAACGCAGCAAACGGCUUCACCGAGCCAAUUCUCUGGACCCUCGGCUGAGUGGAGAACAAAUGACUGAACUGCAGAAGCUCCAGGACCAGGUCUCUAAUAGCAACUACGACGGUUACUUCAUUGCAGCCGAGGCAGCGCUACCCAACGACCCCGAACACAAGAUCUUUGUCGUAGAGAAACUUCCAGAGCCUGAGUCAGAACCUGCAGAAACAGCCAAAGAAUCCAAAGAAGAAGAAGAAGAUGACGACGACAGCUAUGUUCAGAUCCGCUCACCGACCAGCAGGGAGAAGAUCCACAUCAUGGCCGUCAUCGACCGCUGCCGGGCCUAUCAGGACUCUGACGAAUACAAACAGAGGGAGGAAGCGAAAACUAAAAUUGAACUAGCUAGGCCUCAAGAGCUCGACAAUACGGCAGCAUCCCCUGCCGAUCAGGACGAUGGGUCUCAGAAAACGAGCUCAAACUCUGGACAGAAGACAGGAGCUGGUCAACAGAGCAUCGUGAAAAACCUGAGAGAAAAGUUCCAGAGUCUGAGCUGAAGAAACAGAGCGAUUAGAGUUUUUAAUAAAACUAUAAGGCGUCGUAUCAAACCUCUGAAUUAAUGAACCCAAAGAUUUAUACACAAAAUACAAAAUCCAGGUGGUUAAACUGGUCAUGAGCUAAAAAGUUAUUUCCUGUGAUUAUCAAAGAAUUAUUUGUACUUACUUAUAUAUACAUAUACAUAUUACUGUGAUUUCAAGACAACAAACAUUUAGAAGACAAAACAUCUUGUUAUUAUUGGCUUGUUAUGUAAAAAUCCAAAACCAACUUUCUUGAGAUUACAAGAUCCUUUCCCAGUGUCCUCUCUGGCAUUUUGUAGAUAAACAUCUAGAAAUAUGUAAAUAUCUUUAUACAGUCCUUAAGUAUGAAUUAUCUACAGUCAGAAUAUUUGUUAAAAGCACCUUUUUGUACCGGAUGUUACGUGUUGCACAGUUACAGGGAGUUUCAGUCAUCUUCUCUUUGCAGCUGUAAAAGCUUCAUGCUGUAUGUUACAGUCACAGCAGAGACUUUAAUGCUGCACUGUAUAAAUUAAAGCUCAUUUGUGUAGAUUCCUGCUGCUAGAGAACCAACCACUGAAUUAUACCACUGCAAAGUCACUUUGUUCAGUCACUUCCAGAAAUUUAGUGGUUGCACAACUUCUGCUUUUAUUUUGAUGUUAAAGGAAAAGUCCAACAUUUCGAUAAACCCUCUGUUUCCUCCAGAGUCCGGUUAUUCAGAUACCUGUCAGUGUCGUCUGUGUCCAGGUUACAGGUAGAUCCAGGAGAUGAUUAGCCUAGCUUAGCACAAACCAAAUCCUUCCACCAGCUCCAAGGCUGUUGGAUUUACAUGAUGCUUGUAUUAAACAGUUGUAGAAAUAGAAAUGUAAAACAGUUUUAGCACCAUUCACUGUCCUGAUGCUACAGUCAACUAAACAGCUGACACAUGGAUGAGGUGAAGUUCCCCAGAUGUUGGACUGUUCCUUUAAGCCGUUUCACUUACGAAAACUGUGUCUUCAGUCUGAAAGUCGCCUGAAGACGUUAAUGAUAACAGUGUCCAGCUUUUACACUGUUCAGAUAAAUGUGGAGGACCCAACCUGCUUUACUAGGACAACAAUAAAUAAGUGGGCAAGUUACAAUUAAUAAAUUCAUUUUAAAGAGAGUAAAAUAACUGAAUGAAUUUAUCCGCAGAAUUAUUUUAUUAUUAGUAACAAAAGUUUCCUUAAUGAACAUGGUUUUAUAUUUUUCUUCAACAUGCAAUUAAAGCAACAACCUAAACAAUUUAAUCCACAGUAAACACAUUAUGAUGAAUUCAUUAUACAUUAAUGGCUGUAGCUCUGUGUUUGUGCCUUUCAGUUUGUCUAAUUAUUUUAAAUUUAUUUGGACAAUUUAUGGACUUUGUUAAUUUAUUGAUUUCCUAAUAACCAGGUUCUGUUCUCCAUACACACUAAUAAUACGAGUGACUUUUAACAAGCUUAGUGAGUCGAUUCAUUUUAGCCCUUUGCUCAAUGGCACACUGGCAGAUUCAAGACUUGAACCUGUGACGUUUCUGUAACCACUCAUCCUCCCAGUCAAACACUGUUAACAGUCAGGCUCCUCCCUGUCCUGUAUCUCCUAUUUAUGUGAUCUGAUGUAAAUAGAGACAAACACACUGUCUUUCUAUAACUGUAGUGAUAUGUGUGUAUGUGUGUACAGCCAUGUUUAUAUGAGCUCAGAAGACGUCUGUUCUGUCCCACAUUAAAACAAGACAGGACCAACA